GCGGCAUUGAACCUUCUGCUUUAUAUACAACAAGAAGGCGGCCAGUGGUUGUGGUGUAUUACUCAUUGUCAUUAAAAAAGCUCUCUCGUCAAAAUCAGCACCUAUGUUUAGUAUUUCCUAGAAUUUCUCUGCCCAUCCUUUCUCAAGCAAUGUGGUAAUAGCCGUCUUCCCUUCCUUCUCAAGUUUCAACUAUCAUCAAUCACUCCUCCAAAUUGCGAAAAUGGAAUCAGCAUACCCAGCUCCUCCAAAAGUGCGAGAGAGAAUCGAUCCAGUUCGCGCCGAACAAUUAAACCAGGAGUCCUCCGACAAUUCUACAGAGACUACCCUCUCUAAAGUCGAAGAAUCAAACGAAGCUCAUAUUCUAAACCAACCUCAAUCCGACAACUCUACGCAGUCCGAUGAAGCGCAAAGGGUGGAUAUAUCACCUCCUGACAUGAGAACCUGUUGGAUAUGUCAAAUGGAUGAUGCAGACGAUGGACCUCAAACUUCAUCAUGGCGAUCUCCAUGUCCAUGUUCUCUGGAGGCCCACGAAUCAUGUUUGAUGGAAUGGAUUGCAGUAUCCGCAGACAAGGAGAUGGCACCCAAGAUUGUCUGCCCAGUGUGCAAGUAUCAACUUAGAAUCGAUCAGCCCAAAGAUUACCUAGUCAUGACAGUGGAUAAGUUGCAACGUAUGGCGAAGCAUUUGGUCCUUCCCACAGCGGCUGGCGCAGUCUUUAGUUGCGUCUAUUCCGGAUCCCUACUGUUUGGCGUUAACAGUCUGGCAUUGAUAUUUGGUACGGAUGAAGCUCGAAGGAUCACCUUCGAGCACUAUGACGACUUCUUAGACCGCCGUUUUCUUGAGGAUUACAUACAAUUACCCAUCAGUCAAAUUAUGACCAAAUAUUUAUUUCCAUUUCUCGGUGGUGGGUUCAUGGCGGUACCAAGUUGGAGAACAGCAAUAGGGCUACCAUUAAUCGCACCAACCCUCAUAUUAUCACGGACAAAAAUCGCGGACUCUGUUUUCACUAUAGUUCCUGUCACUGUAGGUAAAUCUCGGAUAUUACCAGCGGGAUGUCGAAUGUCUGAAAUAAGCGUUGAUUCGGAAGUAUAAUCUGAGGCUCAUUUUGCUAACAUGUCUUCAGUAUUUCCUCUUUAGCCCCGAUAACAAAAACAUCACUUCAUGGCCUCCAUCCCCAGGUCGCACAUUUGCGCUACUUCCAUACUUCAGAUUAGCAUACAAUACACUAUAUCAUCACAUGUUUUACGACUUAGAGAAGAGAUGGGAUUUAGCUGUUCAGCGCAAACCACGAGAAGGCGAAACCGCAGAACAAAUCGCUUUGGAACAGCGCAGAGGACAAGAAGGGUUCCUGAACUUCGAAGUUGAGAUUGUCGAUGAGGUGAGGGAUCAAGACGGAAAUUUGGUUCCUCCAGACGAUCAUGUACAUGCCCCCGCAGGUGAUCGAAAUGGAAAUCAACAUCAAAAUGGGGGCGACCAAGAAGGCGCGAACGCAAACGAGAACGAUUGGGGAGUCCGUCGAAAUGUCAGCACACACAGCUUAUCAUUCCAGUUUAUGGGUGCAAUGUUGUUUCCCGCAAUAUCAAGCAUUAUGGGCGAUGCGCUCAAAUACGCAUUACCGUCUAUAUGGAUGAAAACGAGGAACGGCAAGCCAGGAUUAUUACAACAUAAAUGGGCCAGAAGUGUAGUGGGAGGAUGUCUAUUCGUAAUGUUGAAGGACGUGGUGGUGCUUUAUUGCAAGUGGAAGAAAGCGAGGGAUUUCGGGAAGAAGAAAAUUAUAGAUUUUGCGGGUAAAGGAAAGGAAAAGGCUGUGUGAGGAAUUGGAAGAGAACGCAUAAAUAUGGCAUUGGAUAAUCAUGGUGGAGGGAGGACAUGAAUUAAUUCCAGCUGGAAAUGGAAUAUCGUGGAUAGGAAAAAUGUUUCUCCUCGCAAAAAACAUAAUAAAACUGCUCGCAGGGCGUAAUUUUAUGAACGUUGGAUAUAGGUUCAAUGAAUAAAUCUGCUAUGAUACCAGUAAAAUGGAGGCAUACCAUACACCCAUUUCCCAUCGAACCACUCUAGUCUCA